UUGUAGAGUCUUUACGCACCAACCGCACAGCGAGAAGCUCGACACGCUCUCUCCGGCAACACCAGACUGCUUUUUCCAUUUACUUUCACUUUGGACUUGUUAACGACACAUUCCCCGAGUGUGCCUGUGUGAUGAGGAGCUCCUCACUGAGGAAGGAAGGUUCUGGAUAACUCGUGCGACCUUCUCAGGUCACAGUGACCAUCGGGGCAUGAACACGACGCAAACACUGUGAGGAGGAGAAGAAAAGAAGAGGAAGAAGAGGAGGAGGAAAAACAUUCGACUUUGUUUUUAUAUAUAGAAACUGAAAUCAUGAUCCCGCCUGCCAGCUCGGUCCAGGAUGAGAGUCGAGGGGGAAAAGAGGACGAGCAGAACGAGACUCCCAAAUCCCCCAGCAAUAUUUCCAACCACGAGACCAAGAAUACUGUGAGGCCCGAACACCCCAAACGGAAGCUCCAGAAGCUCAAGCGUUCCUUGUCCUUCAAGACCAAAAGCGUUCGCAGCAAGAGCGCCGACAACUUCUUCCGGAGCAGCGGCGACACCAAGACGGAGCUCCUCUCCGACGUGAGCGGCAGCACGGGCCACCUGUACACCAUCGGCAUGGCGCCGCCGCACAUCACCACCGGCCCGCCUAUCCCGCCCGUGCCCCCCGCCAUUCCCAGCGCUCCGCCGCCCACGUCGCGCUCGCAGGCGCGCAACCCCCUGCAGGUGGACUCGGCCGGCCACUGCUUCAUGGAGCACAUCUUCAAGAAGCCCACCUUCUGCGACGUCUGCAACCACAUGAUCGUAGGUACCACGGCCAAGCACGUGGUGUUCCUGGCGGGAAACACGGCCAAGCACGGCCUGCGCUGCAAAGCCUGCAAGAUGAGCCUCCACCACAAGUGCGAGAACAACGUCGGACAGCAGCGCUGCAUGGGCAAACUGCCAAAAGGCUUCCGACGGUACUACAGCUCACCGUUACUGAUCCAGGAACAGUACGGCUGCAUCAAAGAAGUCAUGCCCAUAGCUUGUGGCAAUAAAGUGGACCCCGUUUAUGAGGCCCUCAGAUUUGGGACGUCUUUGGCUCAAAAGGCCAAGCGGCCCAGUGGCUCGGAGUCUCCACAGAGGAACUCGAUCAGCGACUUGCAUAAUGUUCCCGAGGAAGCGGUGGCUCACAGCAGCAGGCAGGCACUGUCAAGAAAACACAGCGAUGACGUUUUCACGGUUCUCGAGAACGGGGCCGAGCACUACCACCACCGACCGGAGAGAACGCGGCACAAUUCCGAGCUGGAAGACAGCCAUCUUCACCAAGAUGCGCUCCAGCUCAACACCUACGUGGCCUUGUACAGUUUUACUGCUCAGGAGAGCCAUGAUCUGGACGUGAGGGCGGGAGACAGAAUUCUGCUAGCUGAUGAAUCCAGUGAUGAUUGGUGGAAGGGAGUGAUUGAGGACAGGAUCGGUUUCUUUCCUGCAUCCUUCGCUCAUCAGCUACGGCCGGGGGACCAGGUCUUUCGGUGCAGCAGGACGUUCAUCGGCUGCAGGGAGCAGGGCCAGAUCACGCUGAAGGAGGGACAGAUUUGUGUGAGCGGUGAGGGCGCCAACAACGGUUUCAUCAGGGUGGCGAGCGGCAAGAAGCGAGGCUUCGUGCCCUGUGACGUCCUCGACAUCAUCUGAGCGGGUGGCGGAGACGCACUCGAGGAACGCCCACAAAGAGGAGGCGGCGUCCACCGGCCGUCGGGGGUUGACAAGGUCAAAGUUGACGGACUGCUUAUGAGGUGGGGGUCGCUGACGUUGUCAUCACAAAGGCGGACGGGAGGCCACACGGUGGGUGCACGACUCACACGGACGAGAAUACGAGUGUCGCUUUGUUUCUUUGGCUGCUAGCACUGGAUUUCAUCUUUUACGUUAUGGUAUUAACAGAACUGCAAGACGACAACAGCGUGUGUAUUGAAUACCCCUUUAAGUGUGCAAAAUCAGUUCAAUACAUUUUAAAAGAAUAAAAAAAUAUAUACAAUGUCAUUGUUUCUGUCAACAGGAUUUGACUACAUUUAUACACAAAAGAGAACUUGCCACACUGAAAAGGGACAACAAGACGAGAAUAAAGUUGUAAUCUUGGGCAAGUAGCGUCAUUGUUAUUAUUUUAUUUUCUAAAUAAUUUUUUUCUUUUUAUCUUGUUUUGCAAAAAUCAGACUCAAUUGUUUUAAGUGAUUUUUUUAAACUUCUACUUUUUGAAUUUAAAGAAAAAGUCCACAAAUGUUGAAAAAUGUUUUUUUUUUUUAACCCUUGAGACGUUAUAGUAUCACAAAAUUAAAGGUAAAACUUAAUUGGGAAAACCUUUUAUUAAACCCAAGGUAGUGAUAUAAGAAGGUGAUGUGACAUUUUUUAAUGGUACAUAUUUUUUUCCCACUCCUGAAAAAUUUUAUGCAUUCCUUGUGGCGUCAUUCUCUGUGAUUUUGCCAAAAUCACGACCUUCAGUUUUUUUUUUCAAUGUUCGUUUAUUUUUGAGUGAAUUAAAAUGUUCUUGUUUGAAAACAUUUUAAGAAAAAUAGUCCCAUUGUAACGAGAAUUAUGUCAUAAUUUUGGGGAUAAAAACUUGCGAAAUGGCAUUUUAUUACAAGACUAAAGUCAAAAUUUUAUGAAAAAACCCUUCUGUAGAACCCAUACUAUUCAGAUUUUUUUCUAAUAAAUUUACAGAUUUUUCCUUGUAAAAUAUAGCUUUCUUCCCAUAAUACAAUGUAUAUUUUUUAAAUUUGGCACAUUUUUUAGUGCUCCUUUUUGCAUUCAUUCAUCUGUUGUCUCCUGCACCCAAUAGUUGCCAUUCACAAUAAUUUUGGCGUAUCCAGUCCGGUAAAGUUGCUCAAGAAAUAUUUUGAGUUUGUUUUUUUUUUAAAUUCAGUUUCAAACAUCAAGUAUCUUUUUUUUUUUUUUUUUUUUUUUUUGCGGUGACAGCAAACGAUGACUCACACUUAAGUCGAUGACUCACAAGCAGUCUGUCUGCUUGAAAAGUUAUUUAUGCAUUACAUUGUCAUAAUGAAUAUUUUCAAAAGAUCACAACCUUUUAAGCCAAAAGUGAACAUUUUUGAAAAUUUCAUAUUCGAGAAGAUCCUUACUGCGUCCUGAUGUGAAUGCCCCCCUCCGAAAAAAGGGAAAAAAAAAAAUCUGCAAUUGACGUCUAUUGUUAAAAAGGCUUGCAAGUGCAUAUAGAAGCCACAAGAUGGCAUCAGAGGAGAUAUUUUUGCCUGACUAAAAAACUACCUCCCCUCACUUCAACGUAGUUGCCUGGUACCAAACUGCCACCAGGUGACGCCAAAGCAAUAUUUUUUAUACCUCCCCAAGAGCCAAUAGAUGUUUUUUUAUUUUUUUUUUCGAAGUAAAUAAAGGAUAAGUUCUGCCCCAAAUUUUCAGAUCCGACACCGCAAAUCUACUUCGCUGCUUUACAAAAAAAAUGUCAGUUCGACGCAGGGUUGACGCCCAUCAGAUUGCGCAUGUGUAACUUACGCUGCCUGACGCCAUUUUCGAGAUACAAACUCUAACAGAGUCGAGAUUUGCCUUUAAUCUAACAAAUUUUUACUGCUUUGAUAUGAUAAACCCCUGACGACGAGAAUAUCCUGUAUCAUCUUUUUUUCCAACAAGUGUGAAAUCAUCUGCGUGUCAAUUUCCAAUGUGUCUUUCUCAGCAUGUUCUUUUUGUCCUUCUAACCUCUUACGACCGUUGCAUCAUAACAGAUUUUAUUAAUAUUCACGCAAACAUACCAGCUCUAUUGACUGUCCUAUUACAAUAUAUUGUACAUAAUGUAUGCAAAAGAUCAAAGGAAUAAGGAAUAAAACCUUUGCCUCAUU